AUGACCUCCAGAAGCCACAACUCCUUACCGAGGACUCUGAUGGCUCCACGAAUGCUUUCCGAAGGUGCCCUCGGGGGCAUCGCCCAAAUCACCCCCUCGCUGUACCUGAGCCGGGGCAGCGUCGCCUCCAACCGGCACCUGCUGCUCUCCCGGGGCAUCACCUGCAUCAUCAACGCGACCAUCGAGAUCCCCAAUUUUAACUGGCCCCAGUUUGAAUACGUGAAAGUGCCUUUGGCUGACAUGCCCAACGCCCCCAUCUCCCUGUACUUCGACAGCGUCGCUGACAAGAUCAACAGCGUGGCGCGGAAGCACGGGGCCACCUUAGUGCACUGUGCUGCUGGCGUGAGCAGGUCGGCCACCCUCUGCAUCGCCUACCUGAUGAAGUACCACAAGGUGACCCUCUUCGAGGCCUACAACUGGGUCAAAUCGAGACGCCCCGUCAUACGCCCCAACGUGGGCUUCUGGAGGCAACUGAUAGACUACGAGAGGAAGCUCUUUGGGAAGACGACGGUUAAAAUGGUACAGACACCAUAUGGCAUCAUCCCAGACGUUUAUGAGAGAGAGAGGAGACCCCUGAUGCCUUACUGGGGAAUUUAAUGGGACUGCAGGCAGGAAGCACAACAGAAGGGACAUGCUGUUCUGAGUCGACCAGACUGGAGACAUCCCCUUCUCCUUCUACAGCCAACUUUGGUUCUUUACCAUCCAGCAGAACCUCAACUAAUUCUCACCUCACUAACCUGCAAGGCCAACGAUUCCCUCCCAAGCGUUUCUCUCUACAGGGAACUCCCCCUUCCGCAUUUCUCUGAUUUAGCAGAACGAGGUCUCCUUAUGAGUUUCUUCCUUUCAUGAAGCCUCCCUCCCUUUUUUAGCCAGUUUAUUAGUAUCCUACGAGGAGAGGCCCAACAGGCGUUCGGCAGAGUUAAUGAACAAAGCGCGCUUUGUGAUGCGGUAG